GCCAUAUCCUAUCUGUCCCGCUGCAGCCACACACCCCGUUGUCUAGGAAAUAGACUAAAACAUAAAGUCAUUUCAGAGACCUCUCCUGUCAAGCGGAUACUAAACGGGACUAUAUCAGGUGCGUUUCAUUUCAUUAUGCUAUGUAAUGACGUAAGCUGUUGGUGAAAUGUUUUUUUUUUUUUUUAAACAAAAUCAGUCUUUGAUUUAUGCAGUUCAUAAUUUGAUGUUUUCCUUUUGUAAAACGAUAUUGUGAUUCCCUGCGUUUUUUCACAUGGAGGAACUCAAGAAUGAGUAGUGGACUAGACUGUUGUUGUACGCAACAUCAUCAGAGAAGAGAGGAAUUUAGAGUAGAGUCUGUAGAGUCAGGUUGGAGGACUUUUGCUUGCUCUGGCCAGAUGUUGAGUUUUGUGGUAUGCAAUGCAAGCAGAAAUGACACAACGCCGAAGUUUAAUUUGUAUGGAAGAGUAUUAGGGUCAAGUGAAGAAAAAAAGAGCAAGGGUUGGCGGUACAUGGAUUAUAAUUUUUUGCAAGCUAGUACUUUUAGAAAAGUGGCAGUAUUUCGAGAAUAAAGUGCCACUAUUUCGAGAAUAAAGUGCCAAUAUUUCGAGAAUAAAGUCGCAGUUAUAUUUCAAGAUUCAUGUAGGGGAUUUGGAUAAAUGCAGGCGGGUUGGGUAAGGAUGCAGGUGUGUGUGGGCGGUAAAAAGUAAGGGCAAAACAAACAAAUGGCCAUCAAUUUAAUGAUCUAAUAGACUCGCACACGCAUACCAAACUUCCCCCUGGCAAUUUCAGACUAGUCAUACACUAACGGUCAUGGUGCGUUAUGAGAAACAAACCACUUUUUAGGCUGUCACUGAACGCGAAGAGAGUCCCUGGCAGUCUGCCCACCGAAUUCGCUACAACGUUCUGCUGCGUAGCCUAGGCGAACACCUUGCAACAAAUCAGUGCAUAAUUGUAACUAUUAACGACCUUAUCCAUGUUGCUUUACUAACAGUAGUAUUUCCCCCUUAUGGCAACUAACCUUCUACGAUAGGCUAGUAGGCUACGUUAACACACCCAAUAAAACGAAUGAUCUUGGAAUCCUGGAGACAGGGGGCUAUGCGUGUGUAUGUGUCCCAUGUCAAACUGCUCUCCAAAUUCGUUCAAACACCGCUAUUUUCAGCACACUAUAAACCUAUAGCGGCCCACUAGAUUGAGUACCUUAACCUGUAGGCAAAUUUUACGUUACAAUGAGCAAGUGAAAGUAAAUGAUAGGCCUAUCCGACGGCUGUGGGAGGAAUGAACGAUGAAGCAGGAGGUUUACGCAAGUGCUUGUGGGAGGAGGCAACUGAAGGACCACUCCUGCACGCGCAAUCCAGCUAAUCUGAGGCGCUGUUUGAAUAUAUUCAUGGUGGGAUUAUCCCUUUCUUGAAAUAUUAAUUGGUCUAAAUAUAGGCCUAUCAGAUACAUUAUGAUAGGCUACAAAUAAAUAAUCACUGAUCUGACAUGACUUGGUUGGUAGCCUAGCAUAAUAUCAUUUCACACCUGCAUACACACACAACCCACCUGUCUCUACCUAUGUACAGUAUGUAACAAGACGGAUUUGGAUGAAAUACCUCGUCCGAGUCAGUGUGGACCCUCCUGAAAAUAAGUACCACCACUCGUCGCUGUAAAAAAAAUUCCGUCUUCACUUGGCCCUUAUACUCUUCCGUACAUUUGCGACACUAGAGGGCAAUGAAGUAAAGUAUUUUCAAUGGACUUCACCGACCAUUGUGGCCCUGUUCAAAAACUAUUUCUUUCCUCCCUCCUUUCCUUGGGUAAUCACUGAUUUGUUUGUGAAAUGAUACAUGAAGGCAAUGUUUCUAUUCCAUAAAAUGUCUGAUGUCUGUAGUUUUGGUACCUGAUUUAUCAAUGGUAAAUGUAUCAAUGCAGAGUUGGACAACUGAACUGCGGGACAUUGGAUGCGCAUUGAUAUGUGAAAUGGAAUUAUGGCAUCAUGGUAUUUGGGAAUUAUUAAUAAAUCCCUGUAACAACCAAUCGCAUCUAGGAUUAAAAAACCUUUUUAAUAAUUAUUGCAUAAUUUGAAAUAAUUAUAUAUAUUAUAUUAAAACUUAAAUACAACACUAGUAUGGCUAAAAAUUUGAUUCCUCUUAUUUGUACCUAUACCAUGAAGACAAAAUCAUCCCCUACAUUUGGUAGUUAUGCAUGAACAGAUCAUGCAAAAGGAUCAAAUACUAAGCAAAUAAAAUGAUUUGCAUUUAAUGAGGAAAAAGUAUUUGACCUCUCAAAAAUACUGCUGGCAAAAACUCUAUGGCAACUCGGGAACAGAGUAUAGCAUUGGCCACAGUUUCCACUCUCGGAGGAUGGUUGUCCCACUUCUCUUUCAGAUCUUCUCCAAGUCAUUAAGUUUAGGGAGUACUGGCAACUCAACCUUCCUCCCUCCACAGAUUUUCUAUGGGAUUAAAGGUCUGGAGCUGGUAGGCCUCCAGGACCUUCAUGUCUUCUUCUUGAGCCACUCCUUUGUUGCCUUGGCCGUGUGUUUUGGGUCAUUGUCAUGCUGGAAUACCCAUCCACGACCCAUUUUCAAUGCCCUGGCUGAGGGAAGGAGGUUCUCACCCAAGAGUUGACAAUACAUGGCCCCAUUCAUCAUCCCUUUGAUGCGGCAAAGUUGUCCUGUCCCCUUAGCAGAAAAACACCCCCAAAGCAUAAUGUUUCCACCUCCAUGUUUGAUGGUGGGGAUGGUGUUCUUGGGGUCAUAGGCAGCAUUCCUCCUCCUCCAAACACGGCGAGUUGAGUUGAUGCCAAAGAGCUCAAUUUUGGUCUCAUCUGACCACAACACUUUCACCCAGUUCUCCUCUGAAUCAUUCAGAUGUUCAUUGGCAAACUUCAGACAGGCAUGUAUAUGUGCUUUCUUGAGCAGGGGGACCUUGCGGGUGCUGCAGGAUUUCAGUCCUUCACGGCGUAGUGUGUUACCAAUUGUUUUCUUGGUUACUAUGGUCCCAGCUGCCUUGAGAUCAUUGACAAUAUCCUCCCGUGUAGUUCUGGGCUGAUUCCUCACCGUUCUCAUGAUCAUUGCAACUCCAAGAGGUGAGAUCUUGCAUGGAGCCCCAGGCCGAGGGAGAUUAACAGUUAUUUUGUGUUUCUUCCAUUUGCGAAUAAUCGCACCACCUGUUGUCACCUUCUCGCCAAGCUGCUUGCCGAUGGUCUUGUAGCCCAUUCCAGCCUUGUGUAGGUCUACAAUCUUUGGUCUUGGCCAUGUUGGAGAGUUUGGAAUCUGAUUGAUUGAUUGCUUCUGUGGACAGGUGUCUUUUAUACAGGUAACAAGCUGAGAUUAGGAGCACUCCCUUUGAGAGUGUGCUCCUAAUCUCAGCUCGUUACCUGUAUAAAAUACACCUGGGAGCCAGAAAUCUUUCUGAUUGAGAGGGGGUCAAAUACUUAUUUCCCUCAUUAAAAUGCAAACCAAUUUAUAACAUUUUUGACAUGCGUUUUUCUGGAUUUUUUUGUUGGUAUUCUGUCUCUCACUGUUCAAAUAAACCUACCAUUAAAAUUAUAAAACGGUCAUUUCUUGUCAGUGGGCAAACGUACAAAUCAAGGGAUCAUCCGUUUUUUCCCCUCACUUGUAUAUAUAUUUUAAACGUCAAAUAACCCCAACACUUAUUAUGCCUCAUCUCAAUCGCAGUUACUCUGUCUCUCCCUACAUCAUGGAAGCUCUGCUGAAGUGUAUGCAAAAUACCCCUCCCAAAGCCAGUGUAAGUGAACAUGCUCUCUGCCAUUAUUGAAAGAGUCGUGAUACCUCACAUCUCAAAAUAGGUUACUUAGGGUUUAGUCCCUCACUUCAAAAGCAUCUAGUCAAUUGAACUAAUCACUGAUCAUAAUCUUGAUGUAUUGGCCUGACGAAACAUGGCUAAGCUGAUGAAUUUCUGUUUUAUGCCCCUCCUGGUUACAUAUAUAUUUCCCGUGCAUCCCCAAAGCGGAGGUGUUGCUACAUUACGAUAGCAAUUUCAAUUUACAAAAAAAUGACGUUUCAUCUUAUAGUCUGAAGAGGCUUUCUCCUCAUCUCUUCUCCUUCAUCUGGACUAAACUAAAAAUAUAGAAUGGCUAAAUGCAACAUGACGGAAGCUAGACAGUAAAUGUCAGCGAUAGAAGUUUACUGUAGUGACUCAGUGACAUCACCCCUCUCUCCCCUGUCUUGUCCAGUCUCCGGCGAUGUGGUGGGGUACACUGGGCACUGUGCGACCCUUCCCCAACUUCAACUCAGAGAAGGACGCCCGCGACAUUCAAACUGCCUUGGAGAGCAAAGGUACUAUUCAAGGAUUUAAUGUCCGCUAAUGAAGUAAAUCAGUACCAUGGCUCAUUAAAAACAAUUUGUUGCCUGAGAAUUUCGUCAAUCUGAUGGUGUGAAUGUUUGGAGUAGUUAGUAUCAUACAUACAUAUUGGAUGAGGUAUUCCAAAAUAUGUGUGUGUGUGUAUUAGGCAGUGACGUGAACACUCUGGUGAGAAUCCUGACCAAUCGAAACAAUGCCCAGAGACAGAGCAUCGCAGAGUCCUACCAUAACCUCACACAGAAGGUAACUGUCCUUACCUGGUUGAAACACUAUGUGGAUCUGUCAGCCUACCACUUUGUGGCUCUGUCAGCCCAACUAUUGAGUACUUUUACAUCUAUAAGAAGACUGUGGGAAGGGAUGUGAUAUAUGGCAUUGGAACCCAGCCCAACAGUCUCUAUCUACCCCUCCUCUGUAGGAGUUGUGUCCUGCCCUGAAGAAAGCUCUGUCAGGGGGGCUGGAGCAACUCAUGCUGGGGCUGAUGAUGACCCCCUCUCAGUUUGACGCCCAUCUCCUCAGACAGACCAUGGAGGUGAGAGCAGAUCACAGAUUAUUUCAAUGAUCAUUGUAAUAAACAUGUAAUACAUGUUCAUCGUAUUUUUAGGCGUGUAAUUACUGUAUGUGUUGUACUGUGGUUUGUAUGAAUGUGUGCGUCUUUUGUGUAUUGUGUGUGUGAAUAAAUCAGUGUUGUAGUACUCAAGCCCAGGACUCGGACUUGACUCAGACUCAAGUCAUGAUUUUCAUGACUCGUGACUCGACUCGGACUCAACCAGUUGUGACUUUGUUGUCAGAAAAUCUCUCUUUAAUUGAACAUACAGUACUAGCUACAACAGCAAAUGUUAGAUAGCUGUGUUAUCUAUUUAGCCUUACAAAUGUACAACACUGUUAUGAGAUUUCGCUUUAAAAAAUGGUUGGACAGCUACUUUUAGCACACCAAGGGACUCGUGACUCGACUCGAGUAUAAAGGACUCAGACUUCGACUCGGACCACAAGGGUUUUGGGACUCCACUUGGACUCAAGAUUGAGUGACUUGGCUACAUCACUGGAACGAAUCACUUUAAAUGUGUAAUUGUUUGUUACAGGGUAUUGGUACAGAUGAAGAGAGUCUAUUGGCAGUGUUGUGUACCAAAUCACCACAGCAGCUUAAAGAUGCCACUAUUGCCUACAAACAGGGUGAGCUCUACUGUCUAUGGGUAACACACACACUCUCGCAAUACACACACACACACACACACACACUCUCACAAUACACACACACAGUGUGCCCUACUGUAGUUUUAUUCUGCUUUGUUUGCAGAGUUUGGACGUUACUUGGAGAAUGAUCUUAUCAGUGAGACUAGUAAAGACUUCACUAAGCUGGUACUGGCCAUACUCAAGGUACUGCCACUCUUCUUUUAGCAGGUUUCUCUUUUAGACUUGGUUGUCUCAAUAUUACAAUAUACAGUUGAAGUCGUAAGUUUACAUACACCUUAGCCAAAUACACUUAAACUCAGUUUUUCACAAUUCCUGAUAUUUAAUCCUAGUAAGAAUUCCCUGUCUUAGGUCAGUUAGGAUCACCACUUUAUUUUAAGAAUGUGAAAUGUCAGAAGUUUACAUACACUCAAUUAGUAUUUGGUAGCAUUGCCUUUAAAUUGUUUAACUUGGGUCAAACGUUUCGGGUAGCCUUCCACAAGCUUCCCACAAUAUGUUGGGUGAAUUUUGGCCCAUUCCUCCUGACAGAGCUGGUGUAACUGAGUCAGGUUUGUAGGCCUCCUUGCUCGCACACGCUUCUUCAGUUCUGCCCACACAUUUUCUAUAGGAUUGAGGUCAGGGCUUUGUGAUGGCCACUCCAAUACCUUGACUUUGUUGUCCUUAAGCCAUUUUGCCACAACUUUGGAAGUAUGCUUGGGGUCAUUGUCCAUUUGGAAGACCCAUUUGCGACCAAGCUUUAACUUCCUGACUGAUGUCUUGAGAUGUUGCUUCAAUAUAUCCACAUAAUUUUCCUUCCUCAUGAUGCCAUCUAUUUUGUGAAGUGCACCAGUCCCUCCUGCAGCAAAGCACCCCCACAGCAUGAUGCUGCCACCCCUGUGCUUCACGGUUGUGAUGGUGUUCUUCGGCUUGCAAGUAACCCCCUUUUUCCUCCAAACAUAACGAUGGUCAUUAUGGCCAAACAGUUCUAUUUUUGUUUCAUCAGACAAGAGGACAUUUCUCCAAAAAGUACGAUCUUUGUCCCCAUGUGCAGUUGCAAACCGUAGUCUGGCUUUUUUAUGGCGGUUUUGGAGCAGUGGCUUCUUCCUUACUGAGCGGCCUUUCAGAUUAUGUCGAUAUAGGACACGUUUUACUGUAGAUACUUUUGUACCUGUUUCCUCCAGCAUCUUCACAAGGUCCUUUGCUGUUGUUCUGGGAUUGAUUUGCACUUUUCGCACCAAUUUGCACUUUUCGGUCUACAAUUUUUUUUCUGAGGUCUUGGCUGAUUUCUUUAGAUUUUCCCAUGAUGUCAAGCAAAGAGGCACUGAGUUUGAAGGUAGGCCUUGAAAUACAUCCACAGGUACACCUCCAAUUGACUCAAAUUAUGUCAAUUAGCCUAUCAAAAGCAUCUAAAGCCAUGACAUAAUUUUCUGGAAUUUUCCAAGCUGUUUAAAGGCACAGUCAACUUAGUGUCUGUAAACUUCUGACCCACUGGAAUUGUGAUACAGUGAAUUAUAAGUGAAAUAAUCUGUCUGUAAACAAUUGUUGGAAAAAUUACUUAUGUCAUGCACAAAGUAGAUGUCCUAGCCAACUUGCCAAAACUAUAGUUUGUUAACAAGAAAUUUGUGGAGUGGUUGAAAAAUGAGUUUUAAUGACUCCAACCUAAGUAUAUGUAAACUUCCGACUUUAACUGUAUGUAGAGUUCACAAAAAAAGAAAAAAAAAGUGCUAUCUAGAACCUAAAUGGGUUCAUUGGCUGUCCCCAUAGGAGAACCCUUUGAAUAACCCUUUUUGGUUCCAUGUAGAACUCUUUCAGUUCCAGGUCAAACCCUUUCUUCAGAGGGUUCUACAUGGAACCCAAAAAGUGUUCUCCCUGGAACCAAAAUGUGUUUUCCUAUGGAAGGGUUCUCCAAGUAUUCACCCUCUUGCACAGAGUAGGCUGUAUAGAUCAGUCAGUGAAAAAUAAUGUCCUAAUUUGAACUAAGUGAAAGGUGCCAUUUGUGCUUUAAUACCAACAGAAGGAGGAGCUGAAUUCAAAGGAGAUUGUUGAUUAUCAGCUCAUUGACCAGGAUGUUAAGGUGAGUGUUCUUCCUCAAAAUUACCUCCAGAAAGUUCCUCCAAUUAGGCAGUACUCUUGAUAUCCUUUGUGUGUGUGUGUGUGUGUGUGUGUGUGUGUGUGUGUGUGUGUGUGUGUGUGUGUGUGUGUGUGUGUGUGUGUGUGUGUGUGUGUGUAGGCUCUGAAUGAUGCUGUGAAUGGUAAGAAAAAGGACCCAGCCCCCUGGAUUCAGGUGUUAACCACGAGAGACUCAAACCAUCUCAACAGAGGUAACAAACAAAUCUCUCUUUCAUCCAUUCGCUGUCUCUCCUCCUAGCCCUGGUAUGGCUGUAGCCUCCAUUACCCCCCUCACCCCCUCUGUCUAUCUCUCAGUGCUAUCCAGGUUGGAGGAUCUGAGAGGGGAGACUGUGGAUAAAACAGUACAGAGUCACUUCUCUGGGGACCUGAGGCUUGGCUUCCGCACUCUGGGUAAGACCUAGCCUUGUUCAAUUGCUCUGUGCUAGACUGACUUUCAACUUCUUCAAAUGCUCAUGUGUGUGUGUGUUUGUGUGUGACAGUAUGACAACACUAAUUAACAGUAUGUAUUGAUUCUUUCCAUCUGUAGUUGGCUCCAUCCCAAGUAUUCCUUUUUUCCUGGCCCAGCGGCUACACAGCAACAUUAAGGUGAGUUUCAUUUCAUAUGGUGGUCUACUCCACACACUGCUACAGUGACUCUACUCCAGACUCACACUGGCUACAUGACUAUUCUUGCUGUGUUGUGAGGUGUAGUCGGCAAGUGUAGUGGGCAUUGCGAUCUUGUAAGACUAUCGAUUUCUGUGUCUUUGUGUCAGGUCUUGAGGCAGAGUCUUCUGUAAGCCAGGUUCAUUCAAAUUGUGUAUAUGUCCUGCAGAAAGGCAGUGUAGUGCAGGGGAUUCUUAUCAGCCACAGUGAAGAGGACCUCCUCUGUGUGAGAAUCGAGUAUCGCAGACUGACCAACACUUCACUCUACUCUACGUUACAGGUGAAGACAUAUGCACGCACACCAAUACAUUGAAUAGUCAUUCUGAAAGGUUUGUUGUUUGUAACUGUGUCCUAACUACGUCCCUCUCUCUCACACCCACAGAAAGAAUACAAAGGGGAGAUGCAGCAGGCUCUCCUAGCCUUGUGUCGAUCUGAAGACCUCUAAAGGAAGAAUACCUUUUAACCUACACACAGUACAUAUUAUUUCAGUUGUUGUAACCUAAUAACUGGUAUUAUGUCACUCCAUUAAACAAUUUACAUGUCUUUGAUAUUUCAGCACAUUUUGCCAUAAUUUGACCAAGUCUAUAUCACCCAUAGUGCGUACCAUUAUGAAGGGGUAAUUUGCCUUAUAGUAACCGAAUUUCAAACAUCUCACACCUUUGUUUCUACUUCUAUGAAUAUCAUCCAGUGUGUGUGUGAGUUGGUGGGGAACAGGGCCCAGGGAUUUCA